AUGGUUCAGUCUGUGCUGCAAGGAGAUCUCCAAGACGUGUUGAGGUGGUGGAAAGCUGUAGGCUUGGCAGAUAAAUUGAGCUUUGCCAGAGACAGGCUGAUGGAAAGUUUCUUUUGGACAGUUGGAAUGGCGUUUGAACCUCAAUAUAGUAAAUGUCGAAGAGGCCUAACCAAAGCACUUGCACUCAUCACUGUCCUUGAUGAUAUUUAUGAUGUUUACGGUUCUCUACAUGAACUCGAGCAACUCACAGAAGCUGUUGUGAGAUGGGAUCUUGAUGCUGUAAAAGAUCUUCCUGACUACUUGAAGUUAUUCUUCCUUGCUGUUUACAACACUGUCAAUGAGUUGGCUUACGACACUCUUCGGGAACAAGGAGAGGUGGUCAUCCCUCACCUCACCAAAGCAUGGGCAGAUCUAUGCAAAUCAUUCUUACAGGAAGCUAAAUGGAAUCAUGAAAAAGUCACUCCAACCUUCGACGAAUACAUCCAAAACGCAUGGAUUUCAUCUUCUGGAGCUGUUCUGUUAGUUCACUCGUACUUCUUAGUCACUGAGAAGAUCUCAAAGGAAGCCAUACAUUGCUUGGAUAAUCAUCAUGGCAUCUUGCAAUGGCCAUGCACAAUUUUGCGCCUUUACAAUGAUUUUAGUACCUUAUCGACUGAGCUAGAGAGAGGUGAAGUUACAAAUGCACUCACGUGUUACAUGCAUGAAACUGGCCAGUCUGAGGAACUUACUGGACAGCACAUAAGCCAAAUGAUUGAGGAAUGCUGGAUGAAGAUGAACAAAGAAUUGAUAUCUCCAUCACCUUUUGAAGAAAACUUCACUGAAAUUGCUGUUGACCUUGCUCGGAUUGCUCUCUGCCAGUACCAGUAUGGAGAUGCUCAUAGUUCUCCAGGCGUUAUAGCGAGAAACCGCAUCUUUUCAGUGAUCCUAGAACCCAUCCAGUUGUUGGAGACAGCACAAAAUACUACCACGGAAUGGAAAAGUUUACUUGCCUCGUCCUAA